GUAGUAUUAUUUAAUAACAUAUUAUAAUCUUUUAUUAUAAUUUCAAUUAAAAAAAGGUGAAUAAUUUUCAUCACCAAACAUCUGGUGAUUUUGAAUUCCAGCAGGACAUUCUCUAAUAAUGUAUGUACAUAUAUUCAUGCAUUCAAACAGAAGGGGAAUGAGACAUCAGAGAAACAGUCAAUAUCUAGUAAAGAUAGUAUCUUUUGACAAGAAAUUUUUAUAUUCUGUACAAUAAACAAUUUGGGUGUUUUUAAAAGUAAAUUAGAAAGUGUGGGGGGAAGGUCAAUAUUCUUGGAAAAAUUGAAAAUAAAAUAAAAUUUAUAAGGUUUUUCUUCAAGUGACAAAAAGGGGAGGGGGGAUUCUGAUUUUUAUUGUGAUGUUACAAGUUGGGGUAUAGUAAAAUUUGUUUUUAAUGGUAGUAAUAGAACAAGAUUUGGAAUUUUCUUGGAAAAAGUUGCUAUCUUGGGAAAAUUUUGCAAAAAAGUUGCUAUCUUGGGAGAACUUUGGAAAAAAUUGCAAUCUUGGGAAAAAUUUGCAAUCUUGGGAAAAUUUUGGAGAAAAGUUGCAAUCUUGGGAAAAUUUUGGAAAAAUUUGCAAUCUUGGGAAUAUUUUGCAAAAAAGUUGCAAUCUUGGGAAAAUUUUGGAGAAAAGUUGCAAUCUUGGGAAAAAUUUGGAAAAAAAGUUGCAAUCUUGGGAAAAUUUUGGAGAAAAGUUGCUAUCUUGGGAAUAUUUUGGAAAAAAAGUUGCAAUCUUGGGAAAAUUUUGGAAAAGUUGCAAUCUUGGAAAAAAUUGGGAAAGAAGAUGACAUCAUCAGCUGUAAAUUUGGUGAUGACAGUGAUUGGGUUUACAGUGAGUACAAUAUUCAUAGUAUUUGUGUGUACAAGGUUAAUUUGUGCAAGAAUUCAGUACUUGGCUUGGAGGAGGUCUUCUGCAUAUACUUCUAGAUCUGAUCUUAGCAUUGUAAGUACUUUUGACUUUAUAGGUUUCAGAAUUUGAUAUUCCUUUGAAAUUUUAGUGUUUUGAAGGGAGCGUUGAAGUAACUGGUAAAGUUGUUUCCAUGUGACGUGGAGGUCAUGCGUUCAAGUGGUGGAAAUAGCCUCUUGUAGAAAUGCAGGUUGGAGCGUGGUUUACAUGGUCUGGAGCCUCUUGCUGUUGCCAACUUCCCCACGAAGAAGUACAGCGAUGCAUUUUUUACCUUUGCAGAAGAUACUCAAUGCACAAUUUGCCUUGCUGAGUAUCGAAAGGAAGAUACAUUACGUAUUUUGCCAUCGUGCGGCCACUAUUUCCACGCCACAUGCAUCGACAUAUGGUUUCAGCAGCAAUCUACAUGCCCAGUUUGUCGGAUUUCCCUACGCGAGGCUGCUGAGAAAAAGUGCUUUAUGCAGCCCUUGUUUAGUUCAGCUGUCCGAUCUCAAUACGCGAUGGACUCUCUGGAUGUCGAUACAAACCAAUGCUCGUCAUCUGGGCCGAGGUUUUCUUCAAGGUGACACGACAACCAGAGAGCGAACCCCACUACAGCGAGCGCAUCAAAUGCAUAAACGUUUACGCUGCAACAGUAUAAACGUCUUAAAUCGGCAGCGACAGAAAGGUAUAUUUACAAUGUUGUGAUAGCAUUCAUCAUAGUAUAUAGACUCGAUAUGGUCCGGUCCUUCUCCGAACCCUACAAAUAGCGGGUGCGUAGUGCACUAGACAGUCUGGAUAUGUACUUUCUUGUAUACUUCACAGUAGGCUGAUGUUCAUAGCUUUUUUUGUAAAUAUAAUUUAGUUUAAGUGGUAGCAGGGGCGGAGCUACUUGGACUCGAGGGGGUUCAUUGGGUCGAAAAAUUACACUGUAUAUAUAUAUAUAUAUGAAGUUUGUUUUC